ACGAUAAACAUUCUGACCUGUCGCUGUAGCAUUCGGUGAGGCAAGGGGUGAAGGCGAGCAAUGUAAGAGUCGGGCUGAAGGUGUGUCGGGGUAUAAGUAUAGCACAACGAAUUGGAUUCAUUCACUAGACAAACACAUCCACCAUGGCAAAAUAGUAUCUCUGUUAACACGGAAGAGACGCAAAGUCACUGUCGUAACCGCGAAGUUUUCAGUCAGGGGAAGGCAACGGUUAGCCUGGGAAGCUAGGUACUGUAGCUAACGCGUUACAUAUACUCGCUUUUGCUAGCAACUGACCUCCAGCACAACACGGCGCAUUGGGCUAGUGAUCAAUAAGUUACCCAUUCAUUGUCGUCAGCCCCCCUUGUCUCCGAACCCAGAGUGGUGCCCUGCGUCCGGGUCCUGGGAAUAUGAGACAGAAUGAGUCAGAGAGAUACCCUAGUUCAUCUGUUUGCUGGAGGGUGUGGGGGAACGGUAGGAGCCAUCCUGACCUGUCCCCUGGAGGUGGUGAAGACCAGGCUACAGUCAUCCCACAUCACACUCUACGUGUCUGGGGUGCAGCUCAGUACCGUCAAUGGGCCCAGCGUAGCACGCAUGUCCCCUCCAGGACCCCUGCACUGCCUCAAGUUGAUUCUUGAGAAAGAAGGAGCCCGCUCUCUGUUCAGGGGCCUGGGUCCUAAUCUAGUGGGUGUGGCCCCCUCCAGAGCCAUCUAUUUUGCUGCGUACUCCAGUGCCAAAGAGAGACUGAAUGGAGUGUUUCAGCCAGACUCCACACAGGUCCACAUGGUAUCUGCUGGCUUGGCAGGGUUCACAGCCAUCACAGCUACCAACCCUAUCUGGCUCAUCAAGACUCGCAUGCAGCUGGACUCCAGGAACCGCGGGGAGAAGCCCAUGAAUGCGUUUGAGUGUUUGCGGCGGGUGUACCAGACAGAAGGCCUGCGAGGGUUCUACCGGGGAAUGUCAGCGUCCUACGCUGGAAUCUCGGAGACUGUGAUCCACUUUGUCAUCUAUGAGAGCAUCAAGCGGCGCAUCCUGGAGGCCAAGGCAGCGCAGCACAUGGACGAGGAGGAGGAGGCGUCCAAGGACGCCUCGGACUUUGUGGGGAUGAUGCUCGCCGCCGCCACCUCCAAGACCUGUGCUACGUCCAUCGCUUACCCCCAUGAAGUGAUCCGGACCCGGCUACGGGAGGAAGGCACCAAGUACCGUUCCUUCUUCCAGACUCUGACCACGGUGCCCAAGGAAGAGGGCUACCGGGCGCUGUACCGCGGCCUCACCACCCACCUGGUGCGCCAGAUCCCUAACACCGCCAUCAUGAUGUGCACCUACGAGCUAGUGGUCUACAUGCUGAAUGGUUAACCUCUGACCCUUGACCUACGACCCAAGAUGAAACCCCAGAGAGAGAUGGGCCGACGUGGACGGAUGGCAUAAAGAGACCCCAGAGAAAUUAAACAGGAGAGGGACCAGGGACUGUCAUCUCUCCCACCUCCAGUCCCUCCAUCCUGUCUUUCUAAAACUAAAGCAAAUUGUCCCAAAAGCACCCUGUUUUUGGGAUGGGGAGUUGGGUUGUUUUCAGGGUGCACGACACAGAAAGAGGGGUUGGUAGACGGGAAAUCAAUGUUUGUUUUGGGGAUAUGGUUUAAAGUUGUUUAAAAGAAGCUGUCUCAUUGAAAAUUAGUCCUUAGGAGCCCUUUCUCUCUUGUUUUCUUGCCCUCUCUUAUUGUGUCUCUCCUAAAAUAAGCUUUACAAGCGCAUAGCUUACUGGAGCAGGUACAUUGGGGAGAGCACUCAAGCUAGUUUAGAGUCUAACAAUGCUAAUCAUUUCUCUGGUUUGUGUCUCACGGGGGCAAUUGGUAGUAGAGGCUUGUUGAGUGCAGGGAGGUCUUGAGGUGAGGAUAGUGUGGAGCGAGGUGGAUAGGGGAUGUGCCUUGCAUGACGACUUCAACUGACCUGUACAGAUGCAUAAUAAUGAUAUGUGGGGAAGCAAAGGUCAGACCAGCCCUGGUUUCUGGAUCUCAGUAGACCACAGUUGGACCGCAGGCAUUUAGAACCACACACAGUGCUGGUUGGGUCCACUUGGUACUCAGGACGAAGCCUGGUCCCCUCCACCCCAGUUGGUCAACAUACACACACACACAGGAGCUAGUCCACUCUGACAGGCUAGCCCUGACUGACAUCCUGACUAACACUGUAGACAGUACUGACUCCUACUGGAAGACAUCUGCAGAAGUCUUUACUGUACAGCCUGGUCAGUGUGGACAGCACUUUGGGCUCUUUCUCUGUUUGCAUUCUGUAAAGUGAGUUGGGUGACCGUAAGAACCUCUGACCCACUCCCUCAGCACCUAGACUGACCAGAAUCAUCCGCCCUUUUUAACUACUUGAAUGCUAACCAACUCAAGGAAUAACAAACUAAAGACGAUGGGAGCAUUGUCUCGCAUCAGAAGCCAUCGUGCUAUGGUAGUGAAAUAACCACCAACCUUGUGAAUAUACUAAGAAUGAAAAAAUAUUUACAUAAAAUCAAUAACUUAACAAGACAAUUUUGUAUACUGAACAAAAAUAUAAACGUUAGAAUUUCACUGAGUUUACAGUUCGUAUAAGGAAAUCAGUCAAUUGAAAUAAAUAAAUUAGGCCCUAAAUCUAUGGAUUCCACAUGCCUGGGAAGAGGGCGCAGCUAAUCAGAAUGAGUUAUUCCCCACAGAAAUACCCCAGUUCCAUCAGCUGUCCGGGUGGCUGGUCUCAGAUGAUCCCGCAGGUGAAGAAGACGGAUAUGGAGGUCCUGGGUUGGCGUAGUUACACGUGGUCUGCGAUUGUGAGGCCGGUUGGAUGUACUGCCAAAUUCUCUAAAACGACGGCUUAUGUUAGAGAAAUGAACAUUCAAUUCUCUGAACACCUCUAGUGGACAUUCUUGCAGUCAGUAUGCCAAUUGCACACUCCCUUAACUUGAGACAUCUGUGGCAUUGUGUUGUGGUUUUAUCUUGGCAAAUUAGAAAUGCUCACUAACAGGGACGUCAACAAAUUUGUGCACAACAUUUGAGAGAAAUAAGCUUUUUGUGCGUAUGGAACAUUUCUGGGAUCUUUUAUUUCAGCUCAUGAAACAUGGGACCAAGACUUUACAUUUUGCUUUUAUAUCUUUGUUCAGUAUAAUAAUGAUAUUAAAUGGUAUAUAUUAAUGUCUUCAUAAGAUGUAAUAUUGUUGAAUUUUUCUGCCCAGUCAUGGGAGCGUAAACUCUAUGUUUUGGGUGAACCUCUGAACCCCCAAGGUUUCCUCUCCCCCUUAGACAAAUGUGUGAUUCUUUAUGCACUUUUCUGUAGACCUGCUCUGACCUACAGUUGCAUCUCUUCUUUCUCUGCCUCAGAAUCCAAGCAAGUGUUACAGAUGAGACAAUCCUCUGUCCAGUUUUCACUUUGGAGGUGUGUUGUACAGUUUAGUCUGCGUAUGAGAAUAGAUGGGAUACUCGAGUGUACGUGAUGCAGUAUAUGUGUAGUUACUAGAAAAAAGACUGCUUUUCAAAAAUGUUUCAUUUUGCAACGUCUUUUUUUCUGGUUUGUUUUGUUUGAUUUCUAAUCGGACUGUUUUUCGAUGGAAAGCAAAAAGAUGCUCUCUACCUACUUCGCCUCCAUUUUAUUUAGCAGUUUUUCCUGUUAUUUUGUUUGAGUUCUGUUUCAAGAUGACAAUGUUCAUCUCCUUGUCUACCUGUUGUUUACAUUCAGCUGUGUGUAACCAUAGAGAUGCCCUCACCUACUGACCUUUCCCCGCUCACAUGAUAGAGCACAAAGCCUUUCCAGCACAUGUAAGCUUACAUUUACAUUUACAUUUAAGUCAUUUAGCAGACGCUCUUAUCCAGAGCGACUUACAAAUUGGUGCAUUCACUCCAGCCAUUCACUCAAAUAUCCACAGGUCACACUAAUGCUAGAAAGAAGAAUUAGGUUUAUAUCAUGACCGUUCCUUAACAGAAAAGGACUAUUGCUACUCAAUAUUCACUCUGGAACCCAGAAAAUUAAGACGGUAAUGACUGGAGUUGUGUUAAUAUCUAGAUAAACUGUAGCUAGUUUUCUUUUGAGAUGUGUGCAUUGCUCAAAUGCACCUCGUCACUCUCCAUGCCAACAGAUCUGGGUGACAGGGCUGGGACAAUCAUGAAGGCUGUAGAAGCAACAAACAACCUCACUAAAACAACUAAGGUUGUAUGUAGUAAGCACCAUCUCUAAAGAGGGUCAACGGUGAAAUCCGCUUGUGCUCCGCAAACAAAACAAUCUGUACCUCUGAGUGACUACACCAAGGAUUUCCGAGCUCUCCUUAGGGACCACUGAACGUUUCACAUAUUUCUUGUAGCUCUAAACUGGCACACCUGAUUCAAUUAGUCAACUAUCGCCAAUUUGUGGCGCCAACUAAUAUGUGAACCAUCUGGUGGUCCCUGAGGAGAGGUUUGGGAAGUAUUACUCUACACCAGGGAUGGGCAACUUUGAUGGGGGUGGGGGCCACUAAAUCUGAACUCAUCAUGAGGGGCCACAUUUGCUCACAGGUCUGUGUACCUACAUCCAUAAAAAAAUCAUUAAAACACUUAUUGCACACAGUGAGUGCAUGCAACUUAUGUGACUACAAGUAGCUAGCCACCUUUAGCUUGGGUGCUUGACUGCCAUUGAAUGUUCGGAUCAACCCUACCCCUCGGCCAGAGCGUCCAGUGUACGCUCCCAAUUUAUGAAUGGACAAUCUGGCAGCACAGUUGCAGUCACCAAUGCUCUGGAAAACAUAACAGCCCAACCAGCUCUGCUAGGGCAGGUAAUGUUUAGUGAGCUGUUCUCUCAUUUGUGUCUGGAAGUAGCUAGCAAGUUAACUUGGGUGCUUGACUGCUGUUAGUACAGAAUGCUCGGCUCAACCUUUAAAAAGAUGGGUGGGGCUAAAGCUUAAGAGGGUGUGAACGAUGCUGAAUGGGUGUAGACAAAGGGCUCUUCACUGGAUACCAAAACAUUCAAAGGCCAUUUUCUCAAAAGUGAGUUAACAAGUUUAUCAACUUCCAAAGCAAAAUGACUUCCCCAUUGUUCUUCAACUGUUGUGUAUGGUAUAGAAUGUUGUAGCUCUGAGUCUCUACUUUUAUCCAAUGUAAAAAACACGAUUUCAAAUUUUGAGCCGGUCGGUUACAAAUGUUCACUCCUAGACUUGCCACAACAAAAGGGGUUGAAUACAUAUCGACUUAAGACAUUUCAGCUUUUAAUUUUGUAUUAAUUUGUAAGCAUUUCUAAAAACAAUUCCGCUUUCACAGGGGGUUGAAUGGGGUAUUGUGUGUAGGCCAGUGACAAAUCUCAAUUGAAUCCAUUUUAAAUUCAGGCUGUAAAACAAGUCAAGGGGAGUGAAUACUUUCUGAAGGCGCUGUCAUUUCCUGCAAUUCUACACAUUUUGACACAGGGCAGAUAAAUUAUACUUUUUAUAGCUAACUUCCUGCAAUUCUACUCAUUUUGACACAGGGCAGAUAAAUUAUACUUUUUAUAGCUAACUUCCUGCAAUUCUACUCAUUUUGACACAGGGCAGAGAAAUUAUACUUUUUAUAGCUAACUUCCUGCAAUUCUACUCAUUUUGACACAGGGCAGAGAAAUUAUACUUUUAUAGCUAACUUCCUGCAAUUCUACACAUUUUGACACAGGGCAGAUAAAAUAUACUUUUUAUAGCUAACUUCCUGCAAUUCUACUCAUUUUGACACAGGGCAGAGAAAUUAUACUUUUUAUAGCUAACUUCCUGCAAUUCUACUCAUUUUGACACAGGGCAGAGAAAUUAUACUUUUUACAGCUAACUUCCUGCAAUUCUACACAUUUUGACACAGGGCAGAUAAAAUAUAUUUUUUAUAGCUAACUUCCUGCAAUUCUACUCAUUUUGACAGAGUUGCGAGAAAUGUUUGCAGUUUAUAAUACAUCUGAGGGAGACUGACUAACAAAUUCACUGGGGGCCAUCCGGCCAGUAAUUCUACCAUAAUUACUAAGUAUAGCUGGCCGCUAGACUAAUUUACCAAUCUAAUCAUUUUUUUGCUGACAUCAGUGGUGGAAAAAGUACCCAAUUGUCAUACUGAAUAAAGAUACCUUAAUAGAAAAUUACUCAAGUAAAAUACUACUAGAGUAAUAGUCGAAGUAUUUGGUUUUAAAUAUACUUUAGUAUCAAAUGUAAAAUAAAUCAUUUCACAUUCCUUAUAUUAAGCAACCCAGACGGCACUUUAUUAUUCAAGGAUUUUAUUUAAUUUUUAUUUAACUAGGAAAGUCAGUUAAGAACAAAUUCUUAUUUACAAUGACAGCCUACCCCGGCUAAACCCGGAUGACGCUGGGCCAAUUGUGCGCCGCCCUAUGGGACUCCCAAUCACAGUCGGAUGUGAUGCAGCCUGGAUAGCCAGGGGCACACUCCAACACUGACAUUUACAAACAGCAUUUUGUUUAGUGAGUCUCAGAUCAGAGGCAGUUGGGAUAUUCUCUUUAUAACUGUUUGAAUUGGACCAUUUCUGUCCUGCUAUGUAUUGAAAAUGUAACAAGUACUUUUAGGUGUCAGGGAAAAUGGAGUAAAAAGUAAAUGAUCUUCUUUAGGAAUGUAGUGGGGUAAAAGUUGAAAAAAUAUAUAAAUAGUACAGAUACUCAAACUACAUAAGUAAAAAUAUUUUAAAAGUACUUUACCUGGCUGUCAGUGACUGACAUGAGAAAAACUGCUGAUGCACAACAUUUUGAAAUUGUACAAAUUCAAACUGUCAACAGUAAGUUGAGACCCAGAGUGAGUUUCCACAAUAAUAUAUUCAGGGAGCUCAAAGUAUUGGGAGUGACAAUUUGUUGUUUUGUCGCUGUACUCCAGCACUUUGAAAUUAUGCAAUGGCUGUGAGGUUAAAGUGCAGACUGUCAGAUUUAAUUUGAGGGGAUUUUCAUCCAUAAUCAGGUGAACCGUCGAGAAAUUACAGCACUUUGUACAUAGUCCCUCCAUUUUAGGGGACCAAUUCACUUGUGUAUUAAAGUAGUAAACAUUUUAGUUUUUGGUAAUAUAUUCAUAGCAUGCAUUGACUACAUCAAUCUUGUGACUAUAAUUGAUUGGAUGCAUGUUGUUUGUUUUUGGUUGUUUCAGAUUAUAUAUCAUUAAUUUCUAUUGGGCACAAAAUAAUGUAUUGCCAUUUGAGUCACUUUUAUCACAAAUUAUAGAAUAUAUUUCGAAACACUUCAGGAUAAUCCUGAAUGAAUCGUGAAUAAUGAGAAAGUUAGACGCACAAAUAUCAUACCCCCCCAAAAAUGCUAACCUCCCCUCUUAUUGUAAUGGAGAGAGGUUAGCAUUUCUUGGGGGUAUGAUAUUUGUGCAUCCAAAUCUGUCAUCGUCAUUCACGACUCAUUUAGGAUACACAUCUGAAUUUGUCCCAAUACUUUGUCCCCCAAUUUUAUGGGACCAUGUACAAAAAGUGGUGUUUAGAAUUUAACUGUUCAUCCAAUAUGCAUGAAAAUACUCUCAAAUUAAAGCUGACAGCUUGCACUUUAACCUCAGUCAUUGCAUCAUUUCAAAUCCAAAGUGCUGGAAUAGAGCCAAAACAACGUGUCCCUGUCCCAAUACUUUGGGCGUUCUCUGUAUAAUAUAUAUUUUUAUUGAUCCCUGCUCUACACGUACGUACUUCUACUCUGGGUGUAUCGCUGUGUGUUUAUAUCUAGAGACAUUUGGUACACAGUUCCUUCACAUGGGUCUGUUCUCGCUUUGCCCUUGAAUGUCUGAAUUGUGUGUUAGUGUUUCCGUUCCAUAUGAUUAUCAUGCCCUUCUGUUUUGUAGGUGUGAGAGAGACCCUGUAGGGGUGGGUGUGUCCUUUAGAAGUCUAUUAAUUACUAACAAGUGUGUUCCUUUUCCAUUUAUUUCCUCUAAUUUGUAUUUUUUCCAUGUCUCUGACGAGCCUCUUAGAAGUGUGGCUGACUCUAUGCAUUCUCUUCACCCCUAGUUUGUGAAACAAAUCUAUUAAAAAGUGGUUGGAGCGUU